AAAGUUCUAGUGAAGGCUCGGGCACUGCUUCUCUUUAAUCCCCGAGCAGCUGGAGGACUUCCUCACAUCCGGUGCUGUUUAGAAACGCGGACAUUGUCGUAACUUUUUUCGUACGUUUAAUUACCUUUGUGAAUUUGAGCUCUGAAAGUAACGUUAGUGUUGCGCGAGAGAGAGACACAGAGAGAGAGACAAAGAAAAUGGAUUCCCAGGUCUCGGAAAAGGAGACGAUUUCAGUCGUGAUUAAAACGCCGAAUCAACUGCAUAGUGAUCAGACAAUCGAAGGUGUGAACAUCAGCUGGACAGUGAAGGACCUGAAAACUCAUUUGGCGAGCUUUUAUCCAUCUAAACCGGCUGAAAAAGACCAGAGACUCAUCUACUCAGGCAAACUGCUCACAGACAACCUGCACAUCAGAGAUGUUUUUAGGAAGGCAGAUGCAGUACCCACUCUUCACCUUGUGUGUGCGCUUAAACCCCAGCCCGAUUUUCAGCAGGGAGCCAGACCUAAGGUCAAACCAGCAGAGCAGCAGCCGUCGCCAGCCACCGCCUCUCCAGCACCAUCUGCGCCUACUGUGUCCUCUGCUGCCGGUCUCAGACAGCGCGGUCACCCUGCCCCUGCUGCGCCCACUGCUGCAUGGCCUGCCACAGGCGCUGGCACGAGCACAUCCGCGCCAAGACCAGCAACAGUGACCCAUCCAGCUUUCCCUACAUACUCACUUUACAGCCCACAGCAACUCCUUUGGCUGCAGCAUAUGUACGCUCGUCAGUACUAUAUGCAGUACCAAGCAGCUCUUGCAGCUGCUGCCUCUGUUCCUGUGACACCUCCUACUGCGCUACCUGUCACUCCGCAACAAGCCGCUGUACCUGCCGGCCUUCCCAAUCAGGCUCCCAUUGACAACCUGCCAGCCAAUCAGAAUGUCCCAGACCCUGCUUUUAUCAACCCAGACGGAGCCAAUCAGAACAUGCGCAUGAAUGCUCAGGGCGGACCAGUAAUGGAGGAUGAGGAGGAUGUGGAAAGAGAUUGGUUGGAUUGGGUUUACACCGCCUCUCGCUUCGCUGUGUUCCUGAGCAUAGUUUACUUCUAUUCCAACCUGAGUCGCUUCAUCCUAGUGAUGAGCAGCCUGCUCCUUAUGUACCUGCACACUGCGGGCUGGUUCCCAUUCAGACGAAGAGCUCAGGCUCAACCUCCAAACCAUCCAGCGCCAGAGGUCAUUCAGAACCAGCAGAAUCAGAACCAGGACAGACAAGAGCUGAUUGUGCCCCCUGCUGAAUUGGAGGAUGGUGAGACAGAUGGAGAAGCUGAUGUUCCACCCCCCAUGACUGCAGUUCCUGUGUCUCCAGUUCGACCCUCUAUUCUCUGGACAGCCUGGGUUUUCUUCAAAGCUUUCUUUGCCUCCCUCGUCCCUGAAGGUCCUCAAGCUAUGGCUAACUGAGUCCAGCAAAAACCUGGUCGGACUGGUAAAGUCAAAAGUAGCACCAACCAUGAAGGAGAACGCCGCUUCCUCUUAGUCAGUUUGCUCCAGGACUUUUUUUUUUGUAAACAUGUGGUCUGUGUUUCCUGGAUUAGAUUUUACUCUGCUUAGUGAAGCUCCAGGUUUGCCCAUUGAGCACUUUCAAGCUAUUUGGCAAUGUGACCAAAAACUUCAUCUCUUCCUUCAGCCAAAUAGUGUGUAUAUAGUGUAAAUAAGUGCUGAAUCAACUUGUAAAUGUUUCUGUACAGUUUCUGCACAGCACUUUACAUUUUCUCCCUGCCAGCAUUGGUCUGUCAUCUGACCACCCUGCACAGUGCUUAUGUCAUCAGGGCUUCAUUUUCCUGGAAUGAUCCAGAGAUUGAAACCAUGAGUGGAACAUAGCUUAUCUCAUCAAACAUGACUGACAUUGAAGGUUAUUAAUAGAUUCUUUGUGUACAGCUGCCUUUUAUAAGGGCUUGUGUUUGGCACUUUGACAUUAUGAUAAAUUUUAGUUGUACUGGUCUGUGUGUUGGGAAUGACUUAUGUUCAGGUUUAUCUCACGCUUCUGUAUGAUUAUGUAUGAUGUUCUGAGUUAAAACAAUAUACAUAAAUAAUAGCAAUCAUAUGGAUAAAACAUUAACAGCCCCGGAAAUGUUUGUUCACGACUUCUGGCACAAACAAAGUAGGACAAACCUCAAUUUGAAUCCUGCAUGAAUAAGUAGCUCUUAUUUAAACCUUUGUGCAUUGGCAUGUAAAGUAAAUGAGCAGGCACCUAAAAGCAAACAGGUAUCACUUCUUUCAUGAAAGAAUUAAUACAUUUAAAUAAUAAAAUGUUUUGAUCUGG